UCUUUCCAUAUUUCCGGUGUUCAUGUAGGGCUGACCUGACCAAAGGGUCACUAUACAAAUGCCCCAUGGAGGGGCGCUUUGCCCACCCGCAGCAGUGCGGGGGCUACAUGGAGUGUAUUCGAAACCCAAAGGAAGGUGUGUUCAAGAAGCGCUUUGGAAACUGUCAUGGAGCCGUCUUCGACUCCGAGACGAAGGCUUGCGUUGAGGCAGCUGAGGCCCAGGAAUGCACUAGAACAGCCCGAACAACCAGAGCUCUCCCCGUCGACCGCAGAUUCAGCAGCUUCUGCAGCGAAAAGGUUAACGGAUUCUUCUGCGCAGACUGUAAAACAGUUGUCAACUGCAUCAACGGAGUGGCAUUUACCGAAGAUUGCAGCUCACUCAAUACGUGCUCAGAAAGGACUGACUUUGGUGGAGCUGUCUGCUAUCCUACGCCCGACGAGAAGUGCGCCUGCAGCGCUGCCAACUCAUUCUCCAUUGACGCUUAUAGCAAACAAGCGUUCUUCUUCUGCAGGGCCGCUGGUGCGGAUCCAGACAUUUAUCAAUGCCCAGAAGACAUGGAGUUCGAUCCUGAGACCAAACAGUGCAAGAACACGGAUGGUUUUCCUCCCUGUACGGAAACAGGAGUCUUUGCAUUCCACGCUGACUGCAACCGUUACUACACGUGCAUUGCCAGUCAAAACGGGUGGAUCCAAAAGCCCCUUUUGUGCGACAUUAAUACGAUGUACAAUGAAAUCACAGGGGCCUGUGAAGAUCCUUGUUCAUGGGAAACUGGACAAUUCACUUGCCCACAAAACGGACGCUUCCCUGACCCUCUGAGCUGUGACAGUUAUUACCAAUGUAUCCAGUUACCUGACAACACUUUUCGCCAAGAACACCGCCAGUGUCCUAAUGGUUACCAAUGGGACAAGGAGGCUCUUGAAAACAAAGGAAACUGCGUGAAGGGAACUGUCUCCAGCUGCAAGCCUUUGGUAGUUUCCAAAUGUACCAUUCCAGAGAGCUGCUCAGCAAGAUCUGUCCGUUCAAGGGGACCUUCUCCAGCCCAAACACAACUGUCCUUUUUAAGGGCUCCAGUAGCCAACGCAAGCCCCAUCCACUACUCAUUUAUAGAAUACCCAGUGGGAAAUGUUCAGAACAGAGAGUGGAAUGUCCUGAAUCGUGGUGAUCGCCGGUCUCGAGUUCUGCCUGAAUCUACAGAAUAAGAUUUAAUGGGAGGACCACUUCCGUCAGUUUUGUGAAACAACGCAGAAGACUGUGGAACCUAGUGCAUCAUAAGGAAGACAUUGGCAACAGAGCUACUUUGAAAUGCACUUCACACCGACUGACCGGAGCAACUUUCAAAUGCAAUUUCACACUCACUGACAAGAGAUGCAGUAGGUCUGGGCAUUAUCAGACAGAAUUGUUAUAUUCAUGUAUUAUGUAAACAUGUCCUUGUUAUAUUAUUAUUUGUUACAGCCCAUUGUUAUUUCUUUUAUUGGUAUAUAAUAAAAAUUGUAUUUCCAUACAA